UCUCUCUCUCCUCUCGCUCUUCUCCCGGGGAGAAACUGGGUCCCCGGUGAGUUUAAACACGAACAGCACGUGGAUAUUACAAACCUCUCGAGCAGGUCGCUCCGUGUAGCAGCUCGAGGAGGGGACAGAUACAGAUGCAGCAGGGAGGAGGACAUUUACUACCCGCCGAGGACGCGUGGAUGGGAUCGAACUGAUGUGUCCUAGUGGUGAUUCAGUUAUGUUGAAUCUUAACACGUUUUGACCGUUUUGUCUUCGGAGUAUUUUGGGAAUAUUUUUUCUGAUUUAGUCCGUUUCUGUCUCGGAACGGAUUGGAGAUGACAGCGCUGAAUAUAACAGGCAGGUGGGAGAGAGAGAGAGAGAGAGGGGAAAGGGACGGUGUGAUUUCAACGUUUUUCUCCAAAGACAUGUGAAAUAUAACAAACCCUUCGCGGAUGUGUCCUAGCGAAUAAUACAUAUUAUUUCCCUGCAUUUUUUUAUGUUGUUUUUACCGUCAUGCCUGAGUGAUUAAAACAAUGGAUUUCUUGAAUUUCUCCGGGGUGGUGGACGAGUGGAAUACCACAUACACCAACUCAUCGGCUACCGGGAACAGUGAGUACUCUCUCCUCUCCGUAACCGGACUGACCGUAGUCGUUGGCUUUCUCAUCCUGUUUACCAUUGUGGGCAACGUUCUGGUGGUCAUCGCCGUUUUGACCAGCCGCGCUCUCAAACCGCCACAGAAUCUCUUUCUUGUGUCCCUCGCCAGCGCGGACAUCCUAGUGGCUACUCUGGUCAUGCCCUUCUCUUUAGCUAACGAACUCAUGGGCUACUGGUUCUCCGGGAAAGUUUGGUGCGACAUCUACUUGGCUUUGGACGUCCUCUUUUGUACGUCGUCUAUAGUUCACCUGUGCGCUAUCAGUCUCGAUCGUUACUGGUCGAUCACCCAGGCGAUAGAAUACAACCAGAAGCGGACACCUAAACGGCUGAACGGGAUGAUCGUGGUGGUGUGGCUGAUCGCGGCAGUUAUUUCCUUUCCGCCGUUGAUCUCCAUGGACAGGAGCAGUGGUGGGGGGAUCAGUCCUCAGUGCCGGCUGAACGACGAGACCUGGUAUAUUCUCUACUCCAGCAUAGGAUCCUUCUUCGCUCCCUGCGUUAUCAUGAUACUAGUGUACAUCAGGAUCUACCAGGUUGCUAAGACGCGGACGCGGACCAUGUCGGAGAAGAAGAGAGAGGUGGAGGACAACGGAACUGCCCCGUUAGACGUUAACGGGUUGGAGCAGCGGGGCGAGGAGGGGUACGGAGGGUCUCUGAAGGAAAACGGUGGGGGCGGAGGGGUUUCCCGGGAGAACGGGCACUGCCAGCGGCAGCAGAAGACGCCGGUACCGCCGGGGCUGUUACCCAACGAGCCCAAAUUAACCCCCGACCCCGACGAUGGAGACGACUUUGACGACAGCAGCUCGUCUGACGAAAAACCCACAUCCGCCAAAAAACAAUCCCAUUCCUCUUCCUCUUCCCAUCAGCAUCACCACCACCACCACCACCAUCACCAUGACGACAAGAAGGAUUCCAAACCUUCCGAGAGAAGGAAGUCCACAGGAAGCAGGAAGAGCAGCUUGGCUUCGUCCAAACGCUCAGAGAGCAAGAAGUCGCGCGCCAGUUCGAAGUCCAUUGAGCUGUUUUCGUCCCGUAGGAAGCGGCGGAGCACCGUAAACAGGACGAAAAUAACAGCAGCGAGGGAGAAGAGGUUUACCUUCGUCUUGGCGGUGGUGAUGGGCGUCUUCGUGAUCUGCUGGUUCCCCUUCUUCUUCAGCUACAGUCUGUACGGAGUGUGCCGGACGCCCUGUGAGAUCCCAGAGUCUCUUUUCAAGUUCUUCUUCUGGAUAGGCUACGUCAACAGCUCCCUCAACCCCGUCAUCUACACCAUCUUCAACCAGGACUUCAGACGAGCCUUCCAGAAGAUUCUAGUCUGCAAGUCAGGGAAGAGGUCUUUCUGAACAUGGAUAGUCCAACAGAAAACACAUGGACCUAUAUACAAGUCAUGGAAGAGAUCUUUCUGAACAGACAGGGAUGUGGGCCAAUAUAUGAACAUGGAUGAACCUACAGUAUAUGGAUAUUUUAGUCCAUUACUUUUGACCAGAACCCAGUCAUUCAGGAAAUACUCUGCAAGUCAUGGAAAAGGUCCUCCUGAGGGGAAGUCACAUGAACCCCCUGACGCUUUCUCCAGUCACAUGAACCCUGAUGCUUUCUCCAGUCACAUGAACCCCCUGAUGCUUUCUCCAGUCACAUGAACCCUGAUGCUUUCUCCAGUCACAUGAACCCUGAUGCUUUCUCCAGUCACAUGAACCCCCUGAUGCUUUCUCCAGUCACAUGAACCCUGAUGCUUUCUCCAGUCACAUGAACCCUGAUGCUUUCUCCAGUCACAUGAACCCCCUGAUGCUUUCUCCAGUCACAUGGACCCUGAUGCUUUCUCCAGUCACAUGGACCCUGAUGCUUUCUCCAGUCACAUGAACCCUGAUGCUUUCUCCAGUCACAUGAACCCCCUGAUGCUUUCUCCAGUCACAUGAACCCUGAUGCUUUCUCCAGUCACAUGAACCCUGAUGCUUUCUCCAGUCACAUGAACCCUGAUGCUUUCUCCAGUCACAUGAACCCUGAUGCUUUCUCCAGUCACAUGAACCCCCUGAUGCUUUCUCCAGUCACAUGAACCCUGAUGCUUUCUCCAGUCACAUGGACCCUGAUGCUUUCUCCAGUCACAUGAACCCUGAUGCUUUCUCCAGUCACAUGAACCCCCUGAUGCUUUCUCCAGUCACAUGAACCCUGAUGCUUUCUCCAGUCACAUGAACCCCCUGAUGCUUUCUCCAGUCACAUGAACCCUGAUGCUUUCUCCAGUCACAUGAACCCUGAUGCUUUCGCCAGUCACAUGAACCCUGAUGCUUUCUCCAGUCACAUGAACCCUGAUGCUUUCUCCAGUCACAUGAACCCCUGACGCUUUCUCCAGUCACAUGAACCCCCUGAUGCUUUCUCCAGUCACAUGGACCCUGAUGCUUUCUCCAGUCACAUGAACCCCCUGAUGCUUUCUCCAGUCACAUGGACCCUGAUGCUUUCUCCAGUCACAUGAACCCCCUGAUGCUUUCUCCAGUCACAUGGACCCUGAUGCUUUCUCCAGUCACAUGGACCAAUAUACAUUGGGCUGUAUUUGAAAGGCCAACAUAUUCUCUAUGAAGGUCACAUGGAUUCACAUGUGACCCAGCAGAUGAAGGAUAUCAAGGAUCUGGAAAGAGUCUGUAUGGAGGAAUGGUCUAAGAUUCCUCUCAACGUGUUCUCCAAUCUCAUCAUUUAUUUUAUUUAUUUAACUUUUGUUACCAGGGAGUCACACUGAGGACCAAGGUCUCUUUUACAGAUGAGCCCUGAAUUACAGAAAUACACACAUCAAUAUAAUUACAAAAUACAGAAACACAUUAACCAGUAAUAAUGUCCACAAUCAGCUUUCCGAAUUGACCUAGAGAGACCAGAACAAACACAUUUAAGAACAUUUUGACAAUUGUUCCACAAAUAAGGUGCAAGAACACUAAAAGCUGAUUUAUCUAAGUCAGUAGAGACCAAAGGAAUUUCCAGAGUUAACCAUCCCUGAGACCAGGUGUGUAUGCCUGAAUUUGAGUAAAUAUGUACAGUGGGACUUUUUUGUAAAAGGGCUUUAUAAAUGAAAAUAUAGCGACGUAUUAAUCUCUGUGACAUCACAGAGGGCAAAACCAACUUCCUGGAUAGAGUAUGCGGUGAUGACAUCACAGAGGGCCAAGCAACUUCUUGGUUAGAGAAUGCGGUGAUGACAUCACAAAGGGCCAAGCAACUUCCUGGAUAGAGAAUGUGGUGAUGACAUCACAGAGGGCCAAGCAACUUCUUGGUUAGAGAAUGCGGUGAUGACAUCACAAAGGGCCAAGCAACUUCCUGGUUAGAGAAUGCGGCGAUGACAUCACAGAGGGCCAAGCAACUUCUUGGUUAGAGAAUGCAGUGAUGACAUCACAGAGGGCCAACCAACUUCCUGGUUAGAGAAUGCGGCGAUGACAUCACAGAGGGCAAAACCAACUUCCUGGUUAGAGAAUGCAGCGAGUAGUGCUAAAAUUGUGGUCCGUAAUAAGGCGCGGUGUGCUAUGAUAAACUGCAUCUGUCAGCUAUAAGGAAGUGGCAGCUGAUUUAAUAUAGAUGAUGUUGCCAUAGUCUAUCCCCUAUAGGAACAUCGAAUGAAUAAUCUGCUUUAUACUAUGUAGCGAGAGGCGUGACCUAUUUCUAUAAAAGAAGCCCAAUUUUUAGUCUCAGCUUCUUUUACUAACUCAUCAAUAUGCUUUUUCAAAGACAGCUUUUCAUCUAUCCAGAUGCCCAGAUAUUAGUAAGCAGGGACACGAUCAAUAUGGAGACCAUCCAAAGGACAUUAAAUCAUCAGAGUUAUUUUGACCCUCUCUAGAGAACAACAUAUAAUGAGUUUUACCUGCAUUCAAUACUGAUUCAUUUUAUUUACUUAACUUUUGUUAUCAGGGAGUCACACUGAGGACCAAGGUCUCUUUUACAGAUGAGCCAAGAAUUACAGAAAUACACACAUCAAUAUAAUUACAUAAUACAAGCAGAAAGAAAAGCAUUAAUCAGUAUUAAGGUCCAAUAUCAUCAUUCUGAUCACUCAACAGUAUGGAAAGCCUUUGAUAGGUCAAUGACAAGGGCAGCAGAAUGUUGCCCAUUAUCCAUACAGUUAACAACAUCAUUUAUAACUAAUAUGUGGCUGAACGACCAUUAGACUAUAGUGACUGAUCAACCAUUAGACUAUAGUGACUGAUCAACUGUAGACUAUAGUGGCUGAUCAACUGUAGACUAUAGUGGCUGAUCAAUUGUAGACUAUAGUGACUGAUCAACUGUAGACUAUAGUGGCUGAUCAACCAUUAGACUAUAGUGGCUGAUCAAUUGUAGACUAUAGUGGCUGAUCAACUGUAGACUAUAGUGACUGAUCAACCAUUAGACUAUAGUGACUGAUCAACUGUAGACUAUAGUGGCUGAUCAACUGUAGACUAUAGUGACUGAACAACUGUAGACUAUAGUGACUGAACAACUGUAGACUAUAGUGACUGAUCAACUGUAGACUAUAGUGGCUGAUCAACCAUUAGACUAUAGUGACUGAUCAACUGUAGACUAUAGUGACUGAUCAACUGUAGACUAUAGUGGCUGAUCAACCAUUAGACUAUAGUGGCUGAUCAACCAUUAGACUAUAGUGACUGAUCAACUGUAGACUAUAGUGACUGAUCAACCAUUAGACUAUAGUGACUGAUCAACUGUAGACUAUAGUGACUGAUCAACUGUAGACUAUAGUGACUGAUCAACUGUAGACUAUAGUGACUGAUCAACCAUUAGACUAUAGUGACUGAUCAACUGUAGACUAUAGUGACUGAUCAACUGUAGACUAUAGUGACUGAUCAACUAUUAGACUAUAGUGACUGAUCAACUGUAGACUAUAGUGACUGAUCAACUAUAGACUAUAGUGACUGAUCAACUGUAGACUAUAGUGGCUGAUCAACCAUUAGACUAUAGUGACUGAUCAACUGUAGACUAUAGUGACUGAUCAACUGUAGACUAUAGUGACUGAUCAACUGUAGACUAUAGUGACUGAUCAACCAUUAGACUAUAGUGACUGAUCAACCAUUAGACUAUAGUGACUGAUCAACUGUAGACUAUAGUGACUGAUCAACUGUAGACUAUAGUGACUGAUCAACUGUAGACUAUAGUGACUGAUCAACCAUUAGACUAUAGUGACUGAUCAACCAUUAGACUAUAGUGACUGAUCAACUGUAGACUAUAGUGACUGAUCAACCAUUAGACUAUAGUGACUGAUCAACCAUUAGACUAUAGUGACUGAUCAACCAUUAGACUAUAGUGACUGAUCAACUGUAGACUAUAGUGACUGAUCAACUGUAGACUAUAGUGACUGAUCAACUGUAGACUAUAGUGACUGAUCAACCAUUAGAUUAUAGUGACUGAUCAACUGUAGACUAUAGUGACUGAUCAACUGUAGACUAUAGUGACUGAUCAACUGUAGACUAUAGUGACUGAUCAACUGUAGACUAUAGUGACUGAUCAACUGUAGACUAUAGUGACUGAUCAACCAUUAGACUAUAGUGACUGAUCAACUGUAGACUAUAGUGACUGAUCAACUGUAGACUAUAGUGACUGAUCAACCAUUAGACUAGAGUGACUGAUCAACCAUUAGACUUUAGUGACUGAUCAACUGUAGACUAUAGUGACUGAUCAACUGUAGACUAUAGUGACUGAUCAACCAUUAGACUUUAGUGACUGAUCAACCGUAGACUAUAGUGACUGAUCAACUGUAGACUAUAGUGACUGAUCAACUGUAGACUAUAGUAACUGAUCAACUGUAGACUAUAGUAACUGAUCAACUGGUGACUAUAGUGACUGAUCAACUGUAGACUAUAGUAACUGAUCAACUGUAGACUAUAGUAACUGAUCAACUGUAGACUAUAGUGACUGAUCAACUGUAGACUAUAGUGACUGAUCAACUGUAGACUAUAGUGACUGAUCAACUGUAGACUAUAGUGACUGAUCAACCAUUAGACUAUAGUGACUGAUCAACUGUAGACUAUAGAGACUGAUCAACUGUAGACUAUAGUGACUGAUCAACUGUAGACUAUAGUGGCUGAUCAACCAUUAGACUAUAGUGACUGAUCAACUGUAGACUAUAGUGACUGAUCAACUGUAGACUAUAGUGACUGAUCAACUGUAGACUAUAGUGACUGAUCAACUGUAGACUAUAGUGACUGAUCAACUGUAGUCUAUAGUGACUGAUCAACCAUUAGACUAUAGUGACUGAUCAACUGUAGACUAUAGUGACUGAUCAACUGUAGACUAUAGUGACUGAUCAACUGUAGACUAUAGUAACUGAUCAACUGUAGACUAUAGUAACUGAUCAACUGUAGACUAUAGUGACUGAUCAACUGUAGACUAUAGUAACUGAUCAACCAUUAGACUAUAGUGACUGAUCAACCAUUAGACUAUAGUGACUGAUCAACUGUAGACUAUAGUGACUGAUCAACUGUAGACUAUAGUGACUGAUCAACUGUAGACUAUAGUGACUGAUCAACUGUAGACUAUAGUGACUGAUCAACCAUUAGACUAUAGUGGCUGAUCAACUGUAGACUAUAGUGACUGAUCAACUGUAGACUAUAGUGACUGAUCAACUGUAGACUAUAGUGACUGAUCAACUGUAGACUAUAGUGACUGAUCAACUGUAGACUAUAGUGACUGAUCAACCAUUAGACUAUAGUGACUGAUCAACCAUUAGACUAUAGUGACUGAUCAACUGUAGACUAUAGUGACUGAUCAACUGUAGACUAUAGUGACUGAUCAACUGUAGACUAUAGUGACUGAUCAACCAUUAGACUAUAGUGGCUGAUCAACUGUAGACUAUAGUGACUGAUCAACUGUAGACUAUAGUGACUGAUCAACUGUAGACUAUAGUGACUGAUCAACUGUAGACUAUAGUGACUGAUCAACGGUAGACUAUAGUGGCUGAUCAACUGUAGACUAUAGUGACUGAUCAACUGUAGACUAUAGUGACUGAUCAACUGUAGACUAUAGUGACUGAUCAACCAUUAGACUAUAGUGACUGAUCAACUGUAGACUAUAGUGACUGAUCAACUGUAGACUAUAGUGACUGAUCAACUGUAGACUAUAGUGACUGAUCAACGGUAGACUAUAGUGACUGAUCAACGGUAGACUAUAGUGACUGAUCAACUGUAGACUAUAGUGACUGAUCAACUGUAGACUAUAGUGACUGAUCAACUGUAGACUAUAGUGACUGAUCAACUUUAGACUAUAGUGACUGAUCAACGGUAGACUAUAGUGACUGAUCAACCAUUAGACUAUAGUGACUGAUCAGCUGUAGACUAAAGUGACUGAUCAACUGUAGACUAUAGUGACUGAUCAACUGUAGACUAAAGUGACUGAUCAACCAUUAGACUAUAGUGACUGAUCAACUGUAGACUAAAGUGACUGAUCAACCAUUAGACUAUAGUGACUGAUCAACUGUCGACUAUAGUGACUGAACAACUGUAGGCUAUAGUGACUGAUCAACCAUUAGACUAUAGUGACUGAUCAACUGUAGACUAAAGUGACUGAUCAACGGUAGACUAUAGUGACUGAUCAACUGUAGACUAUAGUGACUGAACAACUGUAGACUAUAGUGACUGAACAACUGUAGACUAUAGUGACUGAUCAACUGUAGACUAUAGUGACUGAUCAACUGUAGACUAUAGUGACUGAUCAACUGUAGACUAUAGUGACUGAUCAACCAUUAGACUAUAGUGACUGAUCAACUGUAGACUAUAGUGACUGAUCAACUGUAGACUAUAGUGACUGAUCAACUGUAGACUAUAGUGACUGAUCAACUGUAGACUAUAGUGACUGAUCAACUGUAGACUAUAGUGACUGAUCAACCAUUAGACUAUAGUGACUGAUCAACUGUAGACUAUAGUGACUGAUCAACUGUAGACUAUAGUGACUGAUCAACUGUAGACUAUAGUGACUGAUCAACUGUAGACUAUAGUGGCUGAUCAACCAUUAGACUAUAGUGACUGAUCAACUGUAGACUAUAGUGACUGAUCAACUGUAGACUAUAGUGACUGAUCAACUGUAGACUGUAGUGACUGAUCAACUGUAGACUAUAGUGACUGAACAACUGUAGACUAUAGUGACUGAUCAACCAUUAGACUAUAGUGACUGAUCAACUGUAGACUAUAGUGACUGAUCAACUGUAGACUAUAGUGACUGAUCAACUGUAGACUAUAGUGACUGAUCAACUGUAGACUAUAGUGACUGAUCAACCAUUAGACUAUAGUGACUGAUCAACUGUAGACUAUAGUGGCUGAACAACUGUAGACUAUAGUGACUGAUCAACUGUAGACUAUAGUGACUGAUCAACUGUAGACUAUAGUGACUGAUCAACUGUAGACUAUAGUGACUGAUCAACUGUAGACUAUAGUGACUGAUCAACUGUAGACUAUAGUGGCUGAUCAACCAUUAGACUAUAGUGACUGAUCAACUGUAGACUAUAGUGACUGAUCAACUGUAGACUAUAGUGACUGAUCAACUGUAGACUGUAGUGACUGAUCAACUGUAGACUAUAGUGACUGAUCAACUGUAGACUAUAGUGACUGAUCAACUGUAGACUAUAGUGACUGAUCAACCAUUAGACUAUAGUGACUGAUCAACUGUAGACUAUAGUGGCUGAUCAACUGUAGACUAUAUUGACUGAUCAACCAUUAGACUAUAGAGACUGAUCAACCAUUAGACUAUAGUGACUGAUCAACCAUUAGACUAUAGUGACUGAUCAACCAUUAGACUAUAGUGACUGAUCAACCAUUAGACUAUUGUGACUGAUCAACUGUAGACUAUAGUGGCUGAUCAACUGUAGACUAUAGUGGCUGAUCAACCAUUAGACUAUAGUCCCAAAGCCUGGACAUGUUUUUACACAGAUCAAUACAGAUAUGGUGUAACUGCUAAACACGUCUAGGUCUGCUGGAAGAAUGAGAUGCACUGGGAUUGUUCCCGGCUUCAGCUUUCAGAUAUAAAGAAAAGGUUUUAAUAAGAUUAUGGCAAAGUUGGGAGGUUUUUGUCCGGGUAUAAAAGAGAUGUUGGAGGGAGUGCCACUGACACAUUGUCUAUUUAUAGAGUGACUACAAUAACUAUUGGAGAGAGACUCUGAAACAUUGUCUAUUUAUACAGUGACUACAAGGACUAUUGGAGAGAGAACCAAUGAAACAUUGUCUAUUUAUACAGUGACUACAAGGACUAUUGGAGAGAGACACUCUGAAACAUUGUCUAUUUAUAGAGUGACUACAAGAACUAUUGGAGAGAGACACUCUGAAACAUUGUCUAUUUAUAGAGUGACUACAAGAACUAUUGGAAAGAGACACUCUGAAACAUUGUCUAUUUACACAGUGACUACAAGAGCUAUUGGAGAGAGCCACUCUGAAACAUUGUCUAUUUAUACAGUGACUACAAGAGCUAUUGGAGAGAGCCACUCUGAAACAUUGUCUAUUUACACAGUGACUACAAAAACUAUUGGAGAGAGACACUCUGAAACAUUGUCCAUUUACACAGUGACUACAAGAACUAUUGGAGAGAGACUCUCUGAAACAUUGUCUAUUUACACAGUGACUACAAGCCAUGGUCUAUUGCAGAGACUUUAGGUGUCUAUACAUGCCCAGAGAUCAACUCAAAUUACACAUUGGGUUGCUGUCUACAGGGUGAUCACAAGCCAUGGACUUCAACAGGGAGCACAGACGGACGGACCCACAGGCGGACUGACAGACGGACAUUGGAUCGUAACAAUACAAGCUAUUGACGUCAACAGGGAGCACAGGCAGACGGACGGACAGAGGGACAUUGGACUGUUACAAUACAAGCCGUUGACUUCGACAGGAGGCACAGAUGAACGGACCGACAGACGGACAGAGGGACAUUGGAUGGGUACAAUAGAAGCCGUUGACGUCAACAGGAGGCACAGAUGAACGAACAGACCGACGGACAGAGGGACAUUGGACUGUUACAAUACAAGCCGUUGACUUCAACAGGAAGCACAGAUGAACGAACAGACGGACGGACAGAGGGACAUUGGACUGUUACAAUACAAGCCAUUAACUGGCACUUUGACUAAUAUAAUUGACUUCUGUCUUCUUAUGGCCUUGACAAUCCACAUACACACGACAGCUGUGACAUCACAGUAGACGCACAGUAUUUAUCUGUUAUACGUACGUUCUCGCACACUGAGUGUGUGGUUCCAAAAUGGCACCCUAUUCCCUAUUUAGUGCACUACUUUUGACCAGGAACCACAUGGUUUUAACAGGACCCAUAGGGUUUGACCAGGGCCCAUAGGGUUUGACCAGGGCCCAUAGGGUUUGACCAGGACCCAUAGGGUUUGACCAGGACCCAUAGGGUUUGACCGGGGCCCUUAGGGUUUGACCAGGGCCCAUAGGGUUUGACCAGGGCCCUAGGGUUUGACCAGGACCCAUAGGGUUUGACCAGGACCCAUAGGGUUUGACCGGGGCCCUUAGGGUUUGACCAGGGCCCAUAGGGUUUGACCAGGACCCAUAGGGUUUGACCAGGGCCCUUAGGGUUUGACCAGGGCCCAUAGGGUUUGACCAGGGCCCAUAGGGUUUGACCAGGGCCCAUAGGGUUUGACCAGGGCCCUUAGGGUUUGACCAGGGCCCAUAGGGUUUGACCAGGGCCCAUAGGGUUUGACCAGGACCCAUAGGGUUUGACCAGGACCCAUAGGGUUUGACCAGGGCCCUUAGGGUUUGACCGGGGCCCUUAGGGUUUGACCAGGGCCCAUAGGGUUUGACCAGGGCCCUAGGGUUUGACCAGGGCCCUUAGGGUUUGACCAGGGCCCAUAGGGUUUGACCAGGGCCCAUAGGGUUUGACCAGGACCCAUAGGGUUUGACCAGGACCCAUAGGGUUUGACCAGGGCCCUUAGGGUUUGACCGGGACCCUUAGGGUUUGACCAGGGCCCAUAGGGUUUGACCAGGGCCCUAGGGUUUGACCAGGGCCCAUAGGGUUUGACCAGGACCCAUAGGGUUUGACCAGGGCCCAUAGGGUUUGACCAGGGCCCUUAGGGUUUGACCGGGGCUCUUAGGGUUUGACCAGGGCCCAUAGGGUUUGACCGGGGCCCAUAGGGUUUGACCAGGGCCCAUAGGGUUUGACCAGGACCCAUAGGGUUUGACCAGGGCCCAUAGGGUUUGACCAGGGCCCUUAGGGUUUGACCGGGGCCCUUAGGGUUUGACCGGGGCCCUUAGGGUUUGACCAGGGCCCAUAGGGUUUGACCAGGGCCCAUAGGGUUUGACCAGGGCCCAUAGGGUUUGACCAGGACCCAUAGGGUUUGACCGGGGCCCUUAGGGUUUGACCAGGACCCAUAGGGUUUGACCAGGACCCAUAGGGUUUGACCAGGACCCAUAGGGUUUGACCAGGGCCCUUAGGGUUUGACCGGGGCCCUUAGGGUUUGACCAGGGCCCAAAGGGUUUGACCAGGGCCCAUAGGGUUUGUUCAGGGCCCUUCAGGUUUGACCAGGGCCCAUAGGGUUUGUUCAGGGCCCACAUGGUUUGACCAGGGCCCACAUGGUUUGACCAGGGCCCAUAGGGUUUGACCAGGGCUCUGGUCAAAAGUAGGUCACUACUCGGGGAUUAGGGUGGCAUUUGGAACUGACCCACUAACUAUAAUGUGAUUUUGGUGACUUUGGGACAAAAGGGCUCGUUUGCUAACUGUCUCAGUCGAUAGCAACAAAAGAUGUUUAUGUCUUAAAAACAACAUAAAUUCACCCAAAUCAUGUUCCAUUAUUAAUACUUCUAGUGUUCUACCCUCAGCAGUGAAGAAAAGGGCCCCUCCAUAUUCCCUAUGGGCCCUGGUCAAAAGCAGUGCACUCCAUAUUCCCUAUGGGCCCUGGUCAAAAGCAGUGCACUCCAUAUUCCCUAUGGGCCCUGGUCCAAAGCAGUGCACUCCAUAUUCCCGAUGGGCCCUGGUCCAAAGCAGUGCACUCCAUAUUCCCUAUGGGCCCUGGUCCAAAGCAGUGCACUCCAUAUUCCCUAUGGGCCCUGGUCCAAAGCAAUGCACUCCAUAUUCCCUAUGGGCCCUGGUCCAAAGCAAUGCACUCCAUAUUCCCUAUGGGCCCUGGUCCAAAGCAAUGCACUCCAUAUUCCCUAUGGGCCCUGGUCCAAAGCAAUGCACUCCAUAUUCCCUAUGGGCCCUGGUCCAAAGCAAUGCACUCCAUAUUCCCUAUGGGCCCUGGUCCAAAGCAGUGCACUCCAUAUUCCCUAUGGGCCCUGGUCCAAAGCAAUGCACUCCAUAUUCCCUAUGGGCCCUGGUCCAAAGCAGUGCACUCCAUAUUCCCUAUGGGCCCUGGUCCAAAGCAGUGCACUCCAUAUUCCCUAUGGGCCCUGGUCCAAAGCAGUGCACUCCAUAUUGAAUAGGGGGUCAUUUGCAACCAGCUCUCACAGUCUCACGUCGGAAUUAGACGUUCAUCCAUGUUUCCCAGACGUCACAUUUCGAAGUGUUUAGUUACCUCGUACUUUAUCGUUCGAAGGUUAAGGUUGACUUGCCUGGUUAAAUAAUGGUUAAAUAAAAAUAAAUACAAACUAAAGGCUAGGCAUUAACUCCUAAUUCUUAAGGUUUAGUCAUUAACUCCUAAUUCUUAAGGUUUAAUCAUUAACUCCUAAUUCUUAAGGUUUAGUCAUUAACUCCUAAUUCUUAAGGUUUAAUCAUUAACUCCUAAUUCUUCAGGUUUAAUCAUUAACUCCUAAUUCUUCAGGUUUAAUCAUUAACUCCUAAUUCUUAAGGUUUAGUCAUUAACUCCUAGACCUAGUGGGCAGUGUCCACAUCUUCUUCUCAGACAUGGGUGAACGUCGAAUACCAAUUUGUAUCGACGGAAUGUUAAUGGUUCUGCUCUCCUCUGUUGAAACCAAAUGGAAUAAGCUACUGUGCAGUGUAUGUCUGUGUGUGUGCACUGUGUGUGUGUGCUGUGUUUGUGCGUGUGUGAGAGAGAAAGGGUGAGAGAUUGAGCGUGUGAGAGAGAGAGAGGGUGAGUAAGUGUUUUCAGAAUGUGAGUUUCGCCUUCUCCAAGCUGCUAGAUGAAAUGUGCGUGUGUGUGUCAGCGUGUGUGCGUACGACUCCAGUGUGUGUGUGUAUGUGAGUGUGCGACUGCGGUGUGUGUAUGUGAGUGUCCGUGGGACUGCAGUUUGUGUGUGUGUGUGUGUGUGUGUGUGUGUGUGUGUGUGUGUGUGUGUGUGUGUGUGUGUGUGUGUGUGUGUGUGUGUGUGUGUGUGUGUGUGUGUGUGAGUGUCCGUGCGACUGCAGUGUGUGUGUGUGUGUGUGUGUGUGUGUGUGUGUGAGUGUCCGUGCGACUGCAGUGUGUGUGUGUGUGUGUGUGUGUGUGUGUGUGUGUGUGUGUGUGUGUGUGUGUGUGUGUGUGUGUGAGUGUCUGUGCGACUGCUGUGUGUGUGUGUGUGAGUGUCCGUGCGACUUCAGUGUGUGAGGCUGAGAACUGCUUACCACUCUCUGGGGAGCGUCUGUAUCAGUGUGUGUGGAUCUUCGGUGAGUGUGUGUGUUAGUGUGUGUGAAUGUGUGUGUGUCUGUUAGUGUGUGUGUGUGUCUCUCUCUGGAGAGUGAAUGCAUCAGUGGAGGAGUCUAAACUCCUAUUCUGUGACUCUCAAUUUAUCAUCCUAUUGUCAUCAAAGAUCUCUCUCUCUUUCUCUCUCUCUCUCUCUGUCUCCCUCUCUCCUUCUCUCUCUCUAGCGCUCUCUCUCUCAACCUAAAUGCCAUGAAACAAUGAUAUGUCUUUAAAUACUUCUAUCGAUAGCUAUAUUGAAUUUAUUUAUUUAUUUGUGUCAAGAUCUAGACACUGUGGUAAUGUAUCCCCUUGUAUAUACUUUUAACAGUGCCAUUACCUUAUAGGAUGUGUCAGCAAUUGCACCCUAUUCCUUACAUAGUGCACUGCUUUAGCAAAACGUAUAGGGAAUAAUGUGCCGUUUGUGAUGCCUCCAUUGUCUAACUACAAUUAUAAUCACAAUAUGUUGUCAAAUUAAAACGAGGAAUAAAUAUCUUGUUUUGUGUUCCAGAAUAAUGAAUACUGCUUUUCGAUUGAUGUUCAAGUCCACAUAAAGCUUAGUUUUUUUUGUCACUUUUGUAUCGUCUUGUAAUAAUGGGUCUAGAUCCCAAAUGGCAUGCUGUUCCCUAUAUAGUACACUACUUUUGACCAGGACCCAUAGAGGUUCUGAGCUCUGGUUACAGGUCAAAAGUAGUGCUCUAUAUAGGCAAUGGGGUACCAAUUUAGGACUCGUAUUUUUCAGACGCGACUGACUGAGUGUGGAGUCUGAGAGAGUUGGCCUCAAGCACAGGUGAAAUAAAGAAGACAUGAAUAAAUAAAAGUUUGACUCUGGAA